AAAAAAGAGAACCGCAUAUUUAAACCCCCAGCUACCCCCAAACGCAGUAAAUUGAUCAAAACAUAAUCUUUGUAGCUGUAUAUCAUCUUUCUCUCUGUGUAUUUACCUGUAUAUCUUGAGUAGCAAAAGAUGUCAGGGCCUCAGUGUUGUGAGAACCCACCAGCUCUGAGCUCAAGCACCGGACAUGGGUCUGUACUUGAACUUGGGGGACUUAAAACAUACGUGUCUGGUUCUUCCAAUUCCAAACAAGCCAUCCUCCUCGUCUCCGACAUUUUUGGUUAUGAAGCACCAAAUCUGAGGAUGCUUGCUGACAAAGUUGCAGCUGGGGGUUACUAUGUGGUGGUUCCCGAUUUUCUUUAUGGGGAUCCUUAUAAUCCUGAAAAUACGGAGAAGCCUAUACCAGUCUGGUUACAAUCACAUGGACCAGAUAAAGGAUUUGAAGAUGCAAAGCAGGUUAUUGCAGCUUUAAAAGAUAAAGGCAUAUCUGCAAUUGGAGCAGCAGGGUUUUGCUGGGGUGCCAAGGUGGUUGUUCAACUAGCAAAGUCUGACAACAUUCAAGCUGCUGUGCUAUUGCACCCAUCAUUUGUCUCUGUGGACGAUAUUAAGCAGGUGAAGACACCAAUAGCUAUUUUAGGAGCUGAGAUAGAUAAAAUGUCUCCUCCUGAGCUUUGUAAGCAGUUUGAGGAGAUUUUAUCAUCAAAACCUGAGGUGGAGUGCUUUGUGAAAGUUUAUCCUGGUGUUGCCCAUGGGUGGACAGUGAGAUACAACGUUGAGGACAAGAAGGCUGUGCAGAGUGCUGAAGAAGCUCAUCAGGACAUGUUGGACUGGUUUACCAAGCAUGUCAAGUGAGUGGGAAGAACCCCAGCAGUUUGCAAAUUUCCAGUUAAAAGUCUGAAAGUUGGACCAUCAUAAUAGUUAUGGAGCUGCUUACUUACAGACCCCGUAUUGUAUCUCAUAUUUGAAGACUAGAUUCAUGGUCAUGUGAAAUGUACUGUAUGGUCCAUUAUGCAUAAGAAUGAUCUAGUAUGUGCUUUCUCUAAGAAAAAAAGGUGUUAAUUUCUGCUGGUAAGUUGGGAGAUUGAAUCAAAUGGGUAAUGCCUUUUUGAUACCAACAUUUUGCAACUAUUAGAACUAGAACUGGAAGUUUCACAAUCUCCCAUCACUUCUAUGGGAGAAUAUGGUUUAGUACAGUUUUUCUUGACUGGUUA